AUGGAUCAAGAAGGACAGGAUCAAGCGGCCUUAAGAGAGGACGUUGACGCAAUGAAAGUCAAGAUGGACAAGAUGCUCGAGCUUGUCCAAGCUUUGGUAAACAACCAUCAGCCUGCUGCGACCGCUCCGAAUGCGAACUGGCCUGAAUACGGUCUUCCCGCUGGCUACACUCCACCCGAAGAAGAUGGUGGCGUACCUCCCCCUCCAGAGCCUGUUGUCAUCCCUGUUUCGAAUGAAGUACCAUCCGCUCAAGGAGCUCGCGCCAGCACCGAGCCGAAUACCUCGGAGAUUGUUCAGCCUACUCAGACCCCACCAACGCUUGAGGCUGAUCAAGGAGAUAAGUAUAAGGCCUUAGAAGAAAGGUUGAAGGCUAUUGAAGGUGUUAGCGCCUUCGGGUUUGAUGCUUCAAACAUGUGCUUAGUUCCAGAUGUGGUGGUCCCACCAAAGUUCAAAGCCCCGGAUUUUGAUAAGUACAAGGGCACUGGCUGUCCAAAAAUCCACAUCAAGAGGUUCUAUACCAAGAUGGCUGCUCAUGCUUCGAAUGAGAAACUGCUCAUUCACAUCUUCCAAGACAGUUUAAGUGGAGCUUCACUUGAUUGGUACAUGCAAUUGGAAAGGGCUCAGAUCAAAACUUGGAAAGAUCUUGUGGAUGCUUUCCUUACUCAAUACAGUUACAAUCUGAAUAUUGCUCCCAACCGCAUACAACUACAAAACCUGUCUCAAAGGAGUAAUGAAGCAUUCAAGGAAUAUGCCCAGCGUUGGAGGGAGUUGGCCGCUCAAGUCCAACCUCCCUUGAUGGAUCGCGAAUUGGUAGACACUUUCAUGAGCACUCUGCAAGGACCCUACUAUGAAAAAAUGAUAGGGAGUAUUUCAUCCAAUUUCGCAGAUUUGGUCAUCAUAGGAGAGCGUGUGGAGGCAGGAAUUAAGAGUGGAAAGAUUCAGAAGUUCACUAAGGAUCAGACUAGUGGAAGGAGGUCCUUCAAUUCGAAUCCAAGGAAGAAGGAGGAGGAAACUAAUGCCAUCACCACAAGUGCACCAGCUCAAAUACCAUACUCGGCAAUUGUUCCUCCACAACCACAACAAAGGAACCAAUCUAAUGGCCGAAACAACUUUGAAAAAAGGGUUGUGCAAUUAGACCGUGUGCCUGUGCCAUACGGUCAAAUCCUCCCUUAUCUGCUACAAAAAGGGAUGAUAGAGCUAAAGCAGCUUCCACCGGUAGUACCUCCUUACCCAGCUCAUUUUAAGAGUGAUGUCAAGUGCGAUUACCACUCUGGGGCACUUGGGCAUACUAUUGAAAAUUGCAAAGCCUUUAAGUAUAAGGUACAAGAAUUGAUUGAUCAGAAGCUGGCUUACACCAACACCAAUGUGAAGACCAAUCCGCUGCCUGGCCAUGCUGGCCCAUCUGUGAAUGUUGUGGAGGAUGAUGGAGGAAUUCAAUUGAUAGAUGAAGUUUCUAAGAUCCGAACUCCACUAGCAAUAGUUAGAGAAAAGCUAAUUGGUUAUGAAGAAUUCGAGAUGAUGCACUCUGACUGUGAAGAGUGUGCAAGGAAACCUGAGAAUUGUAAGAAGAUGAGGAUGUGCUUACAACAGUUGAUGGAUCAAGGCUUGGUCCAGGUUGGCUACUCAGUAGUAAACCCUGUCAUUGCGGCAUUAGAGGACUUCACGCCAAUUGAGAUCCCAUUCAAAAGGGCCCCUAUACCAAAUAAAGAAGUCCACCCACUAGUCUUCAGGGUGCCUAAGUCUUUUCCAUUCGAGAGCACUCAAAAAGUACCAUGGAAUUAUCAACCUACUGUUUCCAUGGGCCAAGAGCAAGUAACACUUGAAAAUCCCUCCAUUGAUAGCAUUGCGGGGAUAGGAGGGAUGACAAGAAGUGGGAGGAUCUUUUCUCAUGAUCAGUCAAGCAAGGUUAUUGAGAAGCCCCUGUUGGAUCUAGCUAAAGGAAAUCAUGUAGAAGAGAUGGGUAAAGAGCAGCCCCAUAAGGUGGCACCUAAAGGGGAUGCCGAAGAAUUUUUAAAGAUCAUUCGCAAGAGUGAUUAUCAAGUGGUUGAUCAGUUAGGGCAAACUCCGUCUAAAAUCUCUAUGCUAUCAUUAUUGCUAUCCUCAGAAAUCCAUAGGAAUGCCUUAAUGAAAGUGUUGGGAGAAGCCCAUGUUGAGAAAGACGUCACCGUGAAUCAAUUUGACGGGAUAAUAGCCAACAUCGCUUCAAGCAGAUAUCUCGGGUUUAAUGAUGAAGAAUUACCAGCCAAAGGUUAUGACCACAACAAGGCAUUGUAUAUAUCUGUCAAGUGUUUGGGCAACAUCUUGUCCAAAGUAUUGAUAGAUAAUGGUUCGUCCCUGAAUGUCAUGCCCAAGAGGACCUUCGAUAAGUUAAACAGCGAAGGGGCAGUAAUGAGACCUAGCACACUUGUUGUCAAAGCCUUCGAUGGCUCAGAAAGGACGGUCAUGGGAGAGAUAGACCUUCCAGUUUUGGUUGGUCCUCAGCUCUUCACGAUCACUUUCCAAGUCAUGGAUAUUAAUCCUGCUUAUAGUUGCCUCCUUGGAAGACCAUGGAUUCAUUCAAAUAGCACCAAGUUUUUUCAAAAGACUUAA